AUGCUCUUCGCCAUUGCGUCCCUCCUUACCACCGCGCUGGCCGCCCAGGGCGCCCUGGCCGCAUCCACUACGUCAACCCUCGGCACGCAACACUGCCAUUCCGCCGACCAGUACGGAAAAUACAAGGACGUCAAGGCCAGAGUGCAGCAGUUUGGCGCGUCCAUGGCGUGCUAUAAGAAGGGUGGCAUCAUCUCCUCGGGAGACUCACCCAUCUCUUGGUACGUGACCGGUGCCAACGACAAGCCCGGAUACAACUACGGAAUCUCCUGGAUCGAUGGCUGCGAGGGAGAGCCUCAAAACUCCAGCACGCCCGUUGAUGGAGCCACCUGCGAAGACCUCCUCAUUGGAAACUGGAAGAAUUGCAAUAAUAACGGUGCUGGGGGAUGGAUCGACGCUGGGUGCGUGAGAUAUACGUUCUAUCCGUCUGUAUGA